AGUGUCAAAGUGAAGAGUGAAGAAAAAACUUUGAAAUCCACUCAAUAGAAUUACAGUAAUGUGGCAGAACACCUAACUACCAAAUGUUGCAAGUUGCUGUUCGUGCAACUGCAACACUGACAACACCAAAGUUGCACAGCACCUCACUGCUGCUGCUGUGGCUGCAAUAAUGCCAGGCAUUGCAACAUUUCGAAGAGGAAGCAUUUCAGACAAACAAACAACCAACAACAACAACUUAAUAAAUUGAUGUUGCAACAAUUGUAACAACAAAGUGGAGAAAUAGAAAACGUGAGCGCUGCAUUAUUUGGGUCAAAUAAAUGGCCCAAAGCUUUCGCUUACCGAACCCGUUGAGCCAUUGGAUUAUGAAGAAUUUCUCACACAACACAUGAACAUAUUGAAUAGAGAUCCACUGAAGCAUAUACUCGAUUUUCCACCUGCUGAUGUUGCUGUUAAAAUCAUACCGCGCAAGAUACGCACCAUUGAACAUAUUGUGCCAAAGGAAAAUAUCGCCGAACUGCCACUCUAUGUGCAGGAAUGCGUCAACUGUUAUACACGUCCAUGGAAAGUAGUCGAAUACGCACAGCGUCACUACUCCAGUUCCUGUUGUUCACGCGAGCGCAUCGACCGCGGCACUAUCAGUCCGUCUGCCUAUCAGCAAGAGUUUGAAAUCGACAAAGAAUUCACCUCUUUUGAUGAGAACCUCACAGACAAAAGCGACAGUUGCACACCGAGUUCACGACAAUCGAUCGCCAGUUUAUCUUCGGUUAGCUCAUGCACAGAUACAUUGACGCCACGCGGCUCUUGGGCUAGUUUUGAUUUGCGUCGCUCCGUAAAUGAUCCACUAAUACCGAAUUUACUCGAUGAUGUGCCACCGGAACAAAUCGAUCAAACAAAUGAGUCACGUCGACAAGAAGAUCGACAGGAAGCGCUCUUUUCACUCUAUCCCGAAGCAGAUCCAGAGGAUGUUAUCGAACGACGUUUACCAGCUGAAAUACCCAUGGAACAUUUGGGUCAUCGUAUACUGGUGAAAUGCUUGCAAUUGCGGUUGGAGUUAGAGGUGGAACCCAUAUUCGCCACAAUGGCAAUUUACGAUGCGAAAGAACGCAAAAAGAUAUCUGAAAAUUUCUACUUUGACAUGAAUUCGGAUAAUUUGAAACGUAUGCUGAGCACACAUGUGCGUUGCGCCGACGCAAGCACACAAAGUCGUGCGGGCAUAUUCGAGAUAACCUAUCCGAGUAGCGACAUAUUUCUAGUCAUACGUUUGGAGAAAGUACUGCAGGGUGAUAUCAAAGAUUCUGUGGAGCCAUAUUUGAAAGACGAUAAAGAUAAGUAUCGCGAGAAAGCCAAAUCGAAUGCGGCCGAUUUCUGUGAGCGUUUGGGUAAAUAUCGUAUGCCAUUCGCAUGGACUGGUAUUUAUUUGAAUAGCAUAUUUAAUGGUGAGAAUGUGGAAAAUAAAGAUGCUGCCGGUGCUAAUGCAGAGAAAGAUACAACAAUUGGUGGUAAUUUGACGUCGGCGGUGAGCUCCAACAGUUUAGAUCGCAAAGCAUCCACUAGCAGUUUUGAUCAACUACGCCGCAAAGCGAACGAUAUGAGCGGCACAUUAACACGCCGCGGUUCACUGGAACGUAAGGAGAAACGUCGCUCCUGGUCACUGGAUGACUUCGCAAAUGUUAUUGAGACUUUUCGACCCAUCACGAUAACAGUAUCUAGUUUCUUUAAACAGGAAUCCGAUAAAAUGAAGGAUGAAGACCUCUACAAAUUCUUAGCCGAGUUGAAACGUCCCAGCAAUGCCAUGAAAAAAUAUAAAUGCAUACCGGGUUCAAUAAAACUGGAGAUUUCACCAUGCCCGGAAGAGGUGAAAAACGCCUUAACACCCGAAUUGGCAAAAGUCGAACCCUAUCCGGAGGAUAAAACGCGUCCGAUCAAGGAAAUUUUAGAAUUCCCUUCAACUGCUAUCUACAAUCCACAUUACACAUACCGCAAUUUGCUUUUCGUCUCGCCAAAAGAGUUGAAUUUCUCCUCACGUGCCGGUUCGGCACGCAACAUCGCUGUACGCGUACAAUUGAUGGCUGGCGAAACACAAAUGGAUGCUGUAAAUGCGAUUUAUGGCAAAUCUUCGUGUCCAGAAUAUGCCAGCGAAGCCUUCACGGCCGUCAAUUAUCACAACAAGUGCCCGACAUUCUAUGAUGAAAUCAAAUUUGCGCUACCAGCGAAUAUUAAACAAAAUCAUCAUCUCUUCUUUACACUCUACCACGUAUCUUGUCAAAAGAAACCACAAGAGGUGCAACCAUCUGUUGAAACACCGGUUGGUUAUACAUGGCUGCCACUGCUGCAGGAUGGCAAAUUGAAAGUGGGUGAAUUUCAAUUGCCCGUCAUGGUGGAAACACCACCGGAGAACUACUCGUUCAUACCGCCGAAUGUACACUUACCCGGCACCAAAUGGCUAGAUAAUCAUCGUCCUGUCUUUACGAUAACUGUGGAUGCCGUUACAGCGGUACACACAUUGGAUCCACAUCUGGAUGGUUUCUUUCUCACUUGCGAUUAUUUGGAUUCACGCAAAAUACCGCCACGCAUUGGUGAGGGCAAUAUGGAGAAUGAAAUGAAAAAGGCGCUUUUGGAGAUUGCCAGCGCUGAGCGUGAACCGUUGGUGAAGAAUCUACAUUUAGUUUUGGAUAAAUUGAUAGAACUUUUAGUCACAGCAUAUAAAAUUGGUGGUCAACCGAUUUCAUUAGGUUCCACAGUCUUCGAAAUGCUUUGCAUGGUGUCGGCAAAUCUAUCGAUACUAAACGAUGACUUGGUGGUCGACCAAUAUGGUCGUCAGGCGCUACUUUCCACAUACGUGCAGUUUCAAUGUCGCAUACCGCAUCCAUUUGGUGGCAAGCGUCGCAUCACCUACAGUCGCAGUAAUGCCGAGGAGAUAUCAGCUAAUGCGGCCGAAACAUACAGUCUGUACGAAAAUGUAUCCAUUGGACGCAGUUUGGAUCGUAAAGAGCACACAGUGGAAUUGUCGCCCACAUUUGGUAGCCGCGAUGGUCAAAUACGUUUGCUACAUGAAGAGCUGGCAUUGCACUGGGUUGUGGCCAGUGGCAAAGCAACCGAAUUGGCCAUGUCCAAUUCCUGGUUUCUCUUCGAAUUAAUUGUCAAAUCCAUGAUUGAGCAUUUAGAUUACAGCAGCGCACUGUCGGCGCCACGCAAACAGCGUUUCCCACAUCAAUUCACCGAUGACAUUUCGACACUGGUGCAUUUGGUCACCACCAAAGUGGUGGGCUAUCACAGUGAGGAACCGAAAUUGGCGCAAUCGCUAAAUGCCAGUUUGGGUUUCUUCAUAUUCGAUUUGUUUAGCAUAAUGGAUCGUGGCUUUGUCUUUGGCCUCAUCAAAACUUACUAUAAAGUGCUGAUAUCGAAGAAUGCCUCAAUACCGGAUUUGAUGAAUUACAAAAUCGACUUUCUACGCAUUGUUUGUAGUCAUGAGCAUUUUGUGGCAUUGAAUUUGCCCUUCGGCACGCCUUACACCACUGUAUCGGCGCCCUGCAGUCCAACGCCGAGCACAACGUCGAGCAAUAGUCAAACGUCUUAUAGUUCCAUGGAACGCGCUUUGCACGCAGACCUGAGCGCAGAUUUUCGGCAACAACAUUUUCUUGUCGGUUUGGUGCUAAGCGAUUUGGCGACAGUGCUUGAAGUACCCAAUCCGCAAUUGCACGGCAAAGCCAUACGUUGCAUACGCAAUCUGAUGACCUCGCAUGAUCUCGAUCCGCGCUAUAGUGAGGUGGAGGCGCGCGCACGCGUUGCUUCGCUCUAUCUGCCGCUGCUGGGUGUUGUCAUGGAUGUUAUACCACAACUACAUCCAUAUCUCACCGAUACAAAUGAUCGUCUACAAAGCAUUGGCUUAUUGGAAGACUAUCAAGGUCCACACCAGAGUCUCUCCACAUCCACGAUUAAUGCAGAUUACAAUUACACAAACUCCGGCAAUCGCACCUAUAACUAUCUCAACGAGCAGAUAAAAAAUAAAUCGCAGUUGAGCAGCGAGAAUACACGUCAUUUGCUCGCCUGUUGCAUUUGGGUGCUAAAGAAUCUGGAACGCAGCGUCUUGUAUCGUUGGUUGCUUGGACUCAAUCCGCAUCGUGUGCAUCAGACGUUGCAGCUGUUGAACACCUGCAUACCUUGCUUCGAGUAUAAAGGUCAAAAGCGUUUGCCAUCGCUCAAGCGGAAUACGCAGAGUUUUCGUAAACCCACCGACCUCAAGGAGAAGCUGGAGGAAUGCAUACGUGGCACAAAUUCGGCGCGUUAUGAUCUCAUCAAUAGGCGCAAAGAUCGCAAUUCGACGGAGAAAUUCCGUUGGCGCAAAGAUCAGAUGACAUAUCGCUCGCAAUUCUACGAUAACGCCACCGAAGCGGAUCCCAAACUCGAGUUGAAUCAUUUCAUUGAGGGUUCACUGGCCACCGAGAUCGCGUUGAUUAUUUUGGAUGCUUUGGAGAUCAUUGUACAGGUGGCCACCAACUCGGAAAUGCACCACAAUCUUUUGGGCACGGUGUUGAAAGUGUUGUUGCAUGCGCUGUCGCGUCAUCAAAGCACGUUGUCGCUGCAAAAUCUGUUCGCCUCGCAACGUUCGCUGAUUUUUAAAUUCCCAAAUUUGCUGUUCGACGAAGAGACGGACAUUUGUGCUGAUCUAUGCUUGUUGCUCUUGAAGCAUUGCGGCUCAUUGCUGCCGGCCAUACGCUCACAAGCUUCGGCAUCACUGUACUUGCUUAUGCGACAAAACUUUGAGAUCGGCAAUAACUUUGCGCGUGUCAAAAUGCAAGUGACCAUGUCGCUCAGCUCGCUGGUCGGCACUAGUUCGGCAUUCAGCGAACAAUCUUUACGCCGCGCACUGAAAACUGUGCUCGUUUAUGCCGAAUCCGAUCAGGAUUUACAGGAAACCUCCUUUCCCGAGCAAGUGCAAGAUCUACUCUUCAAUUUGCACAUGAUACUCUCCGAUACGGUUAAAAUGAAAGAAUACCAAGAGGAUCCGGAAAUGUUGCUCGAUCUCAUGCAUCGCAUUGCCAAAGGUUAUCAAAACAAUCCGGACCUGCGUCUCACUUGGUUGGAGAAUAUGGCAAAGAAGCAUCGUGAGCGCCUCAAUCACACCGAAGCGGCCAUGUGCUAUGUACACUCAGCCGCGCUGGUAGCCGAAUAUCUCAGCAUGUUGGAGUCGCAAACGCAUUUACCCGUUGGUGCGGUUAGCUUUCAGCGUGUCACGCCCAAUGCGCUCAUGGAAUCGGCCGUUUCGGAUGAUGUACUAAGUCCCGGUGAAGAUGGCAUUUGUUUGGGCAAUCAUUUUACGGAGAGUGGCCUGAAAGUGUUGCUGGAAGAGGCAUCGAAUUCAUUCCAAAUUGCCGGCAUGUACGAGGCCAUGAAUGAGGUGUACAAAAUACUGACACCCAUUUGUGAAGCGAAUCGUGAUUUUCAGAAAUUGGGCAAAAUUCAUGGUAAACUACAGGAGGCCUUCAAUCGCAUCGCACAACUGCAGGGUAAACGCGUCUUUGGCACCUACUUCCGUGUGGGAUUCUAUGGCACGAAAUUCGGUGAUUUGGAUCAGCAAGAAUUUAUCUACAAAGAACCAACGCUAACUAAAUUACCAGAGAUAUUUAGUCGGCUGCAGAACUUUUAUGCCGAUCGUUUUGGUCCCGACUCGGUGCACAUAAUUAAAGACUCCAAUUCGGUCGAUAUUAAUUCAUUGGAUCCAGAAAAGGCUUACAUACAGAUAACCUACGUGGAACCGUACUUCGAAACCUAUGAGCUGCGUCAUCGUGAGACCUAUUUCGAGCGUAAUUUCAAUAUAAAACGUUUCAUAUUCGCCACACCAUUCACCAAAUCCGGUAAAGCGCAUGGCGAUCUACACGAGCAAUGCAAACGUAAGACCAUACUGACCACAGCCAAUCACUUUCCCUACGUAAAGACGCGUAUACAAGUGAUUGCGCGUCAACAAAUCAUAUUGGAACCAAUUGAAGUGGCCAUCGAAGACAUACACAAGAAGACAGCAGAAUUGGCUGCCGCGACCAAUCAAGAACCGGCCGAUCCGAAAAUACUACAAAUGGUGUUGCAAGGUUGCAUCGGCACAACAGUCAAUCAGGGGCCCAUGGAAAUGGCUACUGUCUUUCUCGCCAAUCUUUCGGAUGGUGUGACGGUGCCAACGAAACAUCAAAAUAAGCUUAGACUCUGUUUCCGCGAAUUCUCCAAACGUUGCGCCGAUGCAUUGAAGAAGAAUCGCAAUUUAAUAUCGAGCGAUCAAAAGGACUAUCAGCGUGAAUUGGAACGAAAUCAUGAACGUUUUGUGGAGCGUUUAACACCAUUUAUAACGUUGACGGCGGCGCAGGCGCAGGGUGUUGUGAAAGCCAAUGCUUACAUCUAUAAGAGUACACCUUUAAAAUGGUAAUGUCACCAAUUAGUUGGAUAUGGUGAAGUAUAUAAUCGGCACAAAUUUGUGUAUAUAUUUUAUAUAUAUUGCUACACUUUAUAUGGAUUUUAAAUCGAAAUAUUUGUAUUACCUAAAUAAUGUAUUUUUUACACCUUUCCUACCGACCCACUUACAUGUCUGUACCUGUGGAUUUACUGUGGACCCUAUUGUUAUUGUAAUACUCGUAUAUUUUUUAGUGUUGCGGAUUAUUUUAAGUAAUGAUAUUUUUACUAAAUAAUCUAAGCCGCUCCUUUAUGUACUAAGUAUUAGUAUGCUAGUAUUAAGUUUUAAUUUUGAACCGAAUUUAUUUCGAAUUUAACACAAAUGUGAAAUAGCAGUGCUUGAGACUUGAUUGAUGCGUUAAUUUGAAGGAUUAUUUUGUAUUUACAUUUUUACUUUUUUUCUCGAAUUUAAAAGUAAAUUGCAGAAUCUCAUAAAAUAUUUUCUUUUCUAGUACAAACACAAUCAUGUUUUGUAUUUUAUUUCUCUUCAUCUAAAUUUUUAAUUUACAUUUUAACACUCAUCCUUCGAAUAACCUUCAAAUAAUAUUUACACGUUAACCAAAAAUUGAUUCCAAAAAAAAAAUCAUAAAUUCAUCAAUUUACAUUUUCUCUGCACAUUUUCAUUUUCUAUUUAUUCAUAAGCAUAUUUUUAGUAUUGGUAAUUUCAAUGCAAUUUAUACACAUCACUUGAAAGUACCAAACCUUGGAUAAAUAAUAUUAAUUAAUAGUAGAAGUAGCUUUUUAUAUAGUGUUACUCAAAGAACGGUUUGUACUUUUAUAUAUCGAAAGCUUAAGAAUGUGAGACACUAUAUAAUAUUUGAGCACAUUUUGUUCUUAUAAAUUAUACAUAACUUAUUUAAUACGAGAAUAAAUGUUUGUAAAAUGUAACAAUUAUAAA